AUGGCCGCCAUCGCCGGAACUGCCGUGGGGGCGGGGUCGCCAGGGACGAAGCCGGGCGGCCGCCAUCUUAGCGAAGGGCAGGCGCGGCCCGCCCCUUCCGGCGCUGCGGGCGGGCCCAUGAUGGCGGCCGGCGGCGGGGCCGUGAUGGCGGCGGCGGUGGCGGCGCUGGGCCGGCGCCUCACGGCCGCGCUGCGGGUCUCGGGAGCGCGGCCGGGCCGGGGGGCUGCCGCCGGCCUCCCCGGGUCGGCGCUGAUCCCGUUCCACAAGCACGUAGCGAGAGCCGAGCCCCUCCGCCAGCUGCGGUGUCUGCACACCACGCUGCCUCGGAACGGCCUGGAGGAGUUCUUUGAUGAUCCGAGAAACUGGGGAGAAAAAACAGUGAAGUCUGGGGAUGCAUGGAAUAUAAAGCAGCUAAGGGGCAAGAGUAGUGAAGACUUGCACAAGCUUUGGUAUGUCCUACUGAAGGAAAAAAAUAUGCUUUUAACUUUACAGCAAGAAUCAAAACGACAAAUCAGGCCUAUGCCAAGUCCAGAACGAUUAGAAAAGGUAGAAAAAUCUAUGAAAAAUAUAGACUUGGUUGUCAGAGAACGAGAAAUAGCUUUGAGGCUUUUACAAACUGGCCACGAAAAACCAGCGCCGGGCGAGUGGAGACAUGACUUCCUAGGACGCACCUACUGGUACACUUACAAGGAAUGGCCAAUACCAUGGUACUUGAACAAGAAACACAACAAGAGGAAAUUCUAUUACUUACCUCAUGUGAAUCACUUCAUCAGGCUCAGACUUGAAAAAUCUCUACGUGGAAGGGCAAGAAGGCGAAACCUGGAGAAGACAAGGCAGAAGGUCUUGGAAAGGAAGUUCCCUCAUCUCGCUGUAAAAUCUCAGAGCCAGUAGCAUGCCGGAAGAGCGCUGCAAGCGCUUGGUUGAGUAUCUUCAUGACAGGAACAUGAAACAAGCUCUGAAACCAGUGAGCAACUUGACUGAGCAUUCCUGAGAGUCUCCUGGGUUUUUUUAAUCUCACAUUUGACCCAAAUUAAACUUGUGAUCUGGGAUUAAAAAGCA